GAUGGAAUUACGAUGUCGCAUUAACCAAUCAGAAGUAAGAAGCGCGGCUUGGCACGGCCCCAACAUAAUUAAAUCCACACCAGCAGCGUGUGAAGCAAGUGUUUAGAGCAAGAACUCGGAGGACAGCUGAGACAACUGCCAACUUUCAGGCCCAUCAAAACACGACAUAAUCCGACCUAGAUAAUGAAUGGGACCUUCGGCGUUGCACAGAAGACGCAGGAGAUCAACUUUUAGUCGCUUUUUUCAGACGGGAGCAGCUUCCUUUUUCUAGACCGGGGUGAAAUAUCGCAACAUCCUCACAAAGAAACUUGCUUGCUAAACUGCUAACUCGCACCCAAGCAAGGAAAAGUGUGAUUCAAAGUAAUUAUACUGACGGAAGCGCUCUAUAAUUCAUCAUUAUGAAGAAACGUGUAGUUAGAAGAAUAAUCCGGGUGUAAAUGUUGUUCAGAUGACUCUAGACUGAAGUUUGUAACGGUUUUUUUGAGUAGUCAUCAUCAGUUAAGGAAGACGUGCAGCUGGUAACAGUCAGACUGCAGCAGAGCGCCCCCAAGCUCCAGGCAGGACACCCACAAAACAGGCACUUGCUCCUGCAAGCAUGUCCAGCCGAGGUGGACUGGGACAGAGCCGGGGGGCUCCCUUAGGUCUACAGCCUCUGAAGGCAACGGUGCCCUUUCAGUUGGCCUGCAAACCAAGGUUCAACCGAAGAGAUGCUGGAAAGGCCAAAGCCCAUCAGCAGAGUGGCAUGAGGCGGACAGUGUCCCUUGAUGCCAUUGUCGGGCCUUACCUGCAUGGACACUGGCCCAAAGAGAUUGACAGCCCCAGCAGCUUGUGUCGGAAAGACAAAUCUACUCAGACUCCAGAUGCAUGGUUUGACGACUCCCAAAGCCAACAAGGUAGCAUUAACCACAAACGUUCAGCAUCGUGGGGCAGUGCUGAGCAGCUCAAAGAGAUUGCUAAAUUGAAACAGCAGCUUCAGCAGCGCAGCAAACUAAGUGUCUCGGGAGAUCAUGAAAAAGACCUCCACGGAUGUGCACAAGGGAACAGUCACCAAGGAGCUGGACAGACCAAGCCUAUUCCCAUUCCUCUUGCCCCUUUGUCGACAUUGGUCCCAAAACUUCGGUGCAGCGUGGAGGGUCUCAAUCAGGAGCUGGAAGGCAUGUUCUUCUGCCAGCCAUUGCCUGCACUCCAAAGGUUUCUGGAAGUGCCAGAUGGACACCGUGCCCCUAUCCCAUCCCACAGCUGUAGCAGUGGAUCCCAAAGUGACCAGGCCUCUACACCCCUCUCUUCAUCCUCCACCUCCUCUUCCCCCUGCUGCUCUCCCACAGGCAAAUCUACCUCGCCACCCACUUCUGAGCACAUGCACCAAGGACUAAUGGAGAGUACAGAGAUGUGUCCCAUGUCUUCAUUAAGCUCCCAGAGUGAGUCAGAGCUGCCCCUGCUGAUCUCAUCGUCUCCUGGGCCCAACAAGAGCUUCUGCUUUCAGAGAGAACCUCCCGAAGGUUGUGAAAAAGUCAGAGUUUGGGAAGAGACAAGCACAAUGGAUCUGCCAAAACCUGCCGUUGCCUCCUGUCCAGACCCCAACAAAGUGAACUUUACCUCCCACGGCGGCUCUGCAUUCUGCCCUGUAAGUCUGCUUAAGCCCCUGCUCCCCUCCAUGGACCUGUUGUUUCGCAGUCUCUCUGUGUCUCCGGCGAGCAAUUUGGCGGACCAAUCCACCUCCAGUGGCAACGUCCCUGUUGGCUCUGUGAUGGAGGCCUCUGGGGAGGGCCUGGCUUUCUGAUUACACAGACAGUGGGAUUGGGUUAAUAGGCUAACUAGGAAACCUUGUGAACAAGGGCACUUGUGGUUGUGCUUUUUCCUAAGACAUGAUACAGAGUUCAUUCUUUUCCUGAACAUAGCAGAAACUUAACAAAAACUGUGUGCAGAAAAUGAGCACAAAUCUCUGAAUAAUAUUUAAUAAGCUGCUUGUUUUCCUGAAUUUAUGACCUCUUAAUUUUCCAAAGAUAUGUUUUGGCCCCUGACAUUCCCCUAAUUUGUUUGGGGUUUACUAACACAAAUUUGAAAUUAUCCAAAGAACAUCUGACAUAUUUCAAAAUAUGACUGCCAAGCACAUAAAACCCAAACCCCAUUUCCUUAAGUUCAUGUUUUGCCUGAAUUGACUUGACUUUGCACCAUUGGUGGUGCACAAAGCAUGACAAAUCUGUUGGGUACUUUUUAGUUACCUAAUUAUAAAUACAAUUACAAAAAACAAAAAAAAAAAGUAAAUCACAAAUAGACUUUCAAAAGCUGGGUUUUGGGUAAAAUUGAUACCUAAAGCUUCAGCAUUUGUGUUCUUGCUUUAAAUUGUCUGUUUUGUGUAAAAUGUAAUUCUAUUCUUGAUGGAUCAUCUCAUCGUGUAUAGGUUUGAGGUUUUCCAGCUAGUUGACUACCUAACAAGUUUUAGUGGUAUAUAGUUAUAAGCCUUAGUAUUUGAAGAUGUUUUUUUGCUUACACUCUGAUAAGUUAAUGUUUAAAUAGUUUUAUUUCUGGUAGAUAUGUUUGCACAAUUUGAACUGCACCAUUUGUGUUGCAAUUCAUAUUUUUAUAUUCACUUUUGUACUUUGUAAAUGUAAGGGUAGUAAUGUAUAUUUUUCUACAUCUUUACCGACCUGCAACAUAAGCUAAAAUUGUUACUUUGCUAGAUUUGUUGUGCCAGUAUAAUUUAGGCAGGUGUUAAACAAGUUUGUAUUCGGUGGAUUUUUAUGCACUUCCAGGAAAGGGUUUUUUAUGGAGAUGGUAUUAAUUCCAUAUGUUGGUCCUGGGUUUACAGUCUGACAAUGUCUGAAAAUGAGUGUCUGUGUGAGCAAAUGUGAUCAUCUUACUAACCUUUUCACUCUUUUAUUUACCUGGUGAAAUCCUAAUGAACUUAUUUUUUCACCUAGAUAUGUCUGUUUAAAUGUUUUGAAUUUUUGUGGAUGUUUGGGACAUUGUUAUCUCAGGUUCUGUGUUUAGCCCACAUCCACAUUAUGAUGGUCAAAUGUGUUGCUGAUAUUAAAUUUGUCAUAAGUUUG